AGGCAGCGGGAGUGUCCUCACCCAAUGGGAUAGGGUGACAUGGGGGAGGAGAUUUGAAGCGGGGAGAAGGCAGCGAGGCUUUCAGCUCCCUAGAUGGGAGGCUCAUUACCCUAGCACUCAGUAGGUUGUAGGGAAGGGGGACUGAGCCAGGACUUGGCACUGACUACAAAGGGUAGGGGCAGCCCCCAGCACUCCCGCCGCAGCAGGCCAGGGGAGGGGCUGUGACGUUUGGUGGCCUCAUGCAGCUGAGAGGAAGUAGCUAAUUGCCAACCUGAUGACUGGCGGCUGAGGAGUGGGGUGAUGAUGCCACUGGCAGAAGCAGGCGCCCUGGCCCAAGGAGGAGGCCCUUCAGCAACAGAGUGGGCCUGCAUUCUGCGGAGGAAGACCCCCAGGCACAAGCAGCCCACCUUACUGAUGGUCAGAGCAUCCGGAAGAAGUGGCGAGACUUCAGCUGUCCCCAAAGCAGGAAGACAGAGCGUUUCUGGCAGAAAGAACAGCACAAGCAAAGAUCUGGUAACCCUAGGUGCCUCCAGUUUGAGGGAGGAGAGAGGACACCCCCUCCACCCCAGACAUAGGAAAGCAGUCCACCUGCGCACCAGGGGCAGGACACGUGGCUGGGUGCAGACGCUGGCCCGGAUGUCGCGGAGGACUCGCGGGCCAGUAGAGCGCGCGGCGGCGGCGGGAGGAGACGCAGGUCACGCCCCCUUCCCACCACCUCCCGCCGCCGACGGGGCGCGCGCGCCGAGGAGCCCGGGACAGGUGACUCCUAGAGGACUGCGUCUGCGCCUCCCCCGGCGGGAGUCCCUUCUUCGCGGCCUCUGCCGCCCCCUGCGUCCCCUCCUGGGCUUCCGAGAGUCUGACUCAGCCAAGCCGGCAUCGCUUCGCCUCCUACAACACACCCCGAGCGCGAGAAGAAAUUACAGGAUUGCAGGGGCACGGCUAAUGCGCUCUAAUUACCCACCGCCGCUGUCAUCCGCGGCGCUUCGCGGCGCUGGGCCAACGCGCCGUAAUUAAGACGCCGCUCCCCGGUCCCGGAACCCUCCCUUCGCCACCCCCCACCCACCCACCUCGCGGUCCCCAGGACCACUGGCUGUCGACUCCUGCCGCUCUCUGGGACUGCCCCUCAGUCCCAGGAGAGCUAUGAGGCCUCACUGGGGGCAGAACUUGGGGAGACCGAAGCCGGCCCUUCCACUCCCCUAAACCUACAGUCCUGGAAGGUCUCUGCUGGAAGAGACUGGGAGGGUGGGGAGGGGCCAGGGACCUAUUUCGUUGACAGAAACACUGAGGUCUAUUGGAAAGUUAGCCUUCAGUGGGAGGAGUGGCAAAGGCACGCAGGGCAGCAGUACCCCCGUUUGGCACUUGAGGCACGGAGAAGGGAAGGGAAGUCCGCCCAGCCAGAACUCCCAGACCCACUCGUUUAACAGUGGCUUUAUGAGCAGCACGACGGACUCCCUCCCCUGGCGGGGAAAUUACCGUCCUGCGAAGAAAGGUGACAUCCCCGCCACAGACACGGAGGCCCCGCCUGCUGGGCAGCUGUGGCCUGCUGGUCAUAGGGGAGCUGGUGAGGAGUGAGGUGGCUCUGGCCUCCCAUGUCGGGUAGGGUGACAGAGGCCCUGAAGAUAGAAGCCAGGCCCGAAGGCCGGAAUUAAAGGGGUAGCUUGGCCAUCAGCUCCUUCCCCCAAAACCAGACUCAGAGCUCUCCUGUAUCAGCAAUUCUUUCCUGAGGUCCAGGGUGUUGCAAACUCAUGGCCUUGGGCCACGUUUUACCUUCAGUGAGGUUUUGUUUGGCUUGCAACGAGUACAUGGGUUUUAGGUUGAAUGUGAGAGUCUGCAGACGAUGUGGGUUCUCCGACUGCCCUCCCAGUGAAGGUGGACCUCUGAUUUAGACCAGCCCGCUGGGCCCGUGCCUUCAUCCUUUCCCUCAGCGGCAGGAUCUUAGUCCCCAUGAUUGCUGCCCCUUUGUGGUCUGCACGUUUCUUGGUAAGGGUGCCCAGUCAAGUGUCUCUGGGAGCACCCUCUUCUCUGUCAUCGUCAGGCUCCCCACUUGCAGUGGCCGUGGUGGCUGCACAUGCUCCCGGAUACCCCUCCAGCACUCCCUUUUGUCAUCUUGAGUUUCAGUCCGUGACUUGGGUGGCGCCCUAUCUUCUCCAUCAGGGAUGGCAGCUAUUUUUCUGCCAUGAGACUAGAGGUUGCUUGAGAACUGGAAAUUGGAUCUCUCCCUUCAGGCUGGGAUUUCACUAAGGGCUGGAGAAGGGGGGAAUAUGGGAGGAUUAUCUCCUAUCACAGGGAGCGCUCUGAGGGCAAGGCUGUGUCUCCCAUUCAGACUGAUGGUUCCCUGAGGAUGGGGCUGUUUCUCCCUUCCGACUGGGGCUCCCUGAGGACAGGGCUGUGUCUCCCCUCAGCCUGGGGCUCCCUGAGUCAGGGCUGUGUCUCCCUCAGACUGGGGCUCCCUGAGGACGGGGCUGUGUCUGCCUCAGACUGGGAAUCCCUGAGGAUGGGGCCGUGUCUCCCUCAAAGUGGGGCUCCCGCAGGACAGCGUUGUGUCUCCCCUCAGAAUGCAGCUCCCUGAGGACGGGGCUGUGUCUCCCUCAGACUGGGGCUCCCUGAAGAAAGGGCUGCUUCUCCCUCAGACUAGAGCUCCCUGAAGAUGGGGCUGUGUCCCCCUCAGACUGCGGCUCCCUGAGGAUGAGGCUGCAUCUCCCCUCAGACUGGAGCUCCCUGAGGGCAGGGCUGUCUCCCCCCUUCAGACUGGGGCCUCCCCCAAAGGACAGGGACUGUGUCUCCCCUGGGACUAGGUUCUUUGUGUCUUCUGCAUCAGACAGAUUCCCAUGAGGACAGGGCUGUCUCCCCCUCCAUCUGGAGCUCCCUGAAGGCAAUGGCCUCUCCCGUCAAAUGAGACAUUUGCACCCCACCCCACCCUCUGGCUCCCCAUGGUGCCCAGGCAUUCCUCCCAGGACACCAUUUGUCACGCUUUGAUGAAUGAAACUUACUAAGAAUAACUCAGUCCUUGUAGACUCUAAAGGACAGGGGGAGGGAGAGGGAG